GGAGGCCUGCGCGGGGCGGCGGGCCUGGCGCUGAGCCUGGAGCCGUCUCGGCCGGGCCAGCCCUGGGAGCCCGGGGGAGGGGGGCCGAGUGAUCCCGAAGGGACGCCGAGUCCCUUCCCGGUCCCCGCUGUUCUUUGAACCCCGGGGGAUUUCGUCCCCGUUUUCUGAGCCGCUGUGGGGGACCACAGCCCCUCUAAUCCGGAGUGGGACCCCAGGUCCCCCUCCCGAGCCCCGGGGGGCGCCCCCCAGCCCCCUUUUCCGGACCCCACUGUGUGUCUGAGCCAGACGUCCACUCUCUCAGACCCGGGGAGACCUCUGACCUCUCUUCUCCGAAUGGCCAGGGAGACACCCACUCCCUUCUCCUGAUUCCUUCGCCCCUUCUCUGAAGCCCCGCCAGGCCUCGGCAGCCCCCUUCUGUGAACGUUGAGCGGGGUGUUCCUACCGCCUUUCUGAGCCCCAGAAGGCAGUUCUGACCUGUUCUGAACUCCAGUGGGGACCCAACUUCUCCCUCCCCAGACUCAGCCCCAGAGAAACCGCGAGGUAUCUCCCCGUCCAUAGGUGGAGGGACCUCGGCUACCCUCCCUGGGUGCCCCAAGCCCUGAGCCCGUCCCCCAGGAUACCCGGUGUCCUGGGCUCCUCCCAGUGGGGACCCGGAGCAGCCGCUCAGAGGCUCAGCCAGCACUCAGUUCUCCUUCCUCCGGGAAGCCCUCCCGGAUACCCAGCUUCUGGCGCUGGGCCUUGGCGGUACCUUGCUUUUCUCCUGGGUCCCACCCUCCUUCCCGUGGUCUCCCGGGGGCCUCCUCCGAACUUCGAGGGUUCCUGGGCCAGAAGACCUGUUUUGUUCUCUUCUACGCCCCAGAGGCGACCCCUUCUCCCCCACUGGCGACUGCAGAAGAUUCAGAUCUUCCUUUCUCCGAAUCCAGUGGAAAGUGAGCCCCUCACCUCCUUCAGGACCCCAGUUGCUCCACCCCCCGCCCCCAGGCCGCCCUCAGGACCCCUCCUCAACUCUGCCUCCUUUGCACCUGUUCUGAGCCCCUCCGGCUGCGGCCCCCAGGAUGAUGUGGUCCAACUUUUUCAUGCAAGAGGAGGACCGGCGGCGGCGGGAGGCGGCAGGCCGGCGGCGGGCGCUCGGGCAGCACCAGUCCCGGCUGACGCCGGAGCGGGAGGGGAAGGUCAAGCUGGGGCUCCUGCUGAGCGCGGUGGGCGCCACGCUGGCCGUGCUGGCCGUGGGCACCGAGUUCUGGGUGGAGCUCAGCACCUACAAGGCCAACGGCAGCGCAGUCUGCGACGCCGCCCACCUGGGGCUGUGGAAGAUGUGCACCAAGCGGCUUUGGCAGGCCGACGUGCCCGCGGGCAGAGACACCUGCGGCCCCGCGGAGCUGCCCGGAGAAGCAAACUGUACCUAUUUUAAAUUCUUCACCACGGGGGAAAAUGCACACAUCUUCCAGAGAACUACAAAGAAAGAGGUGAAUCUGGCAGCUGCCGUGAUAGCAGUGCUAGGCUUGGCAGUCAUGGCCCUGGGGUGCCUCUGUAUCAUCAUGGUGCUCAGCAAAGGUGCAGACUUCCUACUCCGAGUUGGAGCCAUCUGCUUUGGCCUCUCAGGCCUGCUGCUCCUGGUCAGCCUGGAGGUGUUCCGGCAUUCCGUUCAAGCCCUUCUGCAGCGAGUCAGCCCUGAGCCUCCCCCCGCCCCGGCCCUGACCUUCGAGUACUCCUGGUCCCUGGGCUGCGGGGUGGGGGCCAGCCUGAUCCUGCUGUUGGCCGGGGGCUGCUUUCUCCUGCUCACCAUGCCUCCCCGGCCCUGGGGCUCGCUCUGCCCCAAGCUGGGGCCCAGGGCCACCUAGAGCCACCAGAGUGCCUUCUCUCAGCGACUUCCUUUUCUUCUUUUUGUCCUUCCAAAUCUCUUCCCCUUGUCCUGGGGCACAUGUGCUCUGGGGCACACCUGGUUUGCACAGACGUCCCUCUCCCGCCUCAUCUUUUCCCUCUGGGCGUGUGUUCUUCUCGGCGGGUGAAUCGGGACGCUUUGGGGUGCAAUGGGGAGAGGAUUUUUGCAAACGAGGGUCCCCCAGGAAGGCGUGCAGGGGGACCUGAUGGGGUCACUGGGGAGUGGGGUGGGGGGGUGAGGUCAGGGGACCGAGUUGGACUGAUUCAUUUCCCAGAGCAGGAGGUAGUCACUUGGGGGAGGCUUCUUCCAACUAAUCGGAACCUUCGGGGAAUCGGGGAGGGGGAGGGGAGAUCUCUGGGUCUGGCCUCGCUGCGGUCUGGUUUGGGAUUAAAGGUUUGGAAAUUGAAGCGCUUUGAUUUGGAGUCUGUCUGGAUGUGGUUGUGCGUUCUGGGGUGGAGAAAACCAGCCCCUUGUGUUCUCCAGAACCCGGCUGCUCAGCAGCCCUGGAGUCGUCAUAUGUCCACAGACCAGAGACAAGCAGAAACUCAGCAACUUAGAGCACAAGCCUUGUGGGCUGGACUGCAUCCCCUCCAGACGCCGGUGCUGGGAUCCUGACCCGCCACCAGGCCCCAGGGUCUGUGCGGAGCUAAGCAGGUGACAGCCAUGUGACUGGAGGCCUUGUAAGGAGGGGAGAAGAGGACGCAGACAGGCACGGAGGGAAGGGACAGAAGACAGCCGGUCAUUUAUGAGCCGGGAGAGAGCCGGGAACCGGUUCUGCCUCACGGUCCUCCGGAGACAACCCGAGACCCACUGAUCCUGGCCUCCCGGCCUCCGGACACCCAAGACCACAUAGAUGAUCUUUCAGGCUGCCGCUCUGGUCUGUGGUGCGGGCUGGACAGAUCCUAGUGCUGGGAAAUGGGGCUGGGAUGGGGCUCAGGGACAGGCAGGGGGCUCCUGAGGUGCCCUGGACUCCAGGAGAUGGUCAGUGGGGACGUACGUCCCCAGGGCUAAGAAGGAGGCGGGGAGAGCUGUAGGGAUGGUGGCUGUGACCUCAGGGAACACUGUCAUCACCCGCACAGAAAGCUGGUGGAAACUGGAACAGCACCAGCUGAGGCCACAGAGACAACCCGUGUCCAGGGCGCCCGUGCUCAGGCCUGAGGGUCCGCCUUGCACCCACGCUCAGGCCCGGGGGGGGGGGCCCUCGCGCCUGGGGAAGACCGGGGGUGGAUUUCAGCUCGACGGGGCGACCGGGCAGCUCGGUCGGCUGGGCAUCUGGUUUCGGCUCAGGUCAGGAUCUCGUGGUUCAUGACUUCGAGCCCCGCCUGGAGCU